AUGUCAGGCCACGAAGAUAUGCUAGUACGCAAGAAGAGUCGCACCUUCGGUCUCACCGUCGAGGAGAUCGAGAAGAGUGGGGAGACCAGUCUGAUCCAGAACCACAAACUCGAUACCUGCGCUCAUUGGUUUACCUCUCGCCUGUACAGUCUCAAGCCCGACUAUUUCCCAGGCUGUGACGGGGAACUAGAGCAGCACGUGCGUCGGUUGGUCCCAGGGUCUCUCAAGGACAAUGACGCCGUCCUGCAAAAGAAGGAGCUCAAGGACCUACUGUCGGCGAGGUGGAAAUCUACGCUGCAUGGUCUUCGCUCGGGAGCCAACAAGGAGGAUUGA